AUGGAACUUAUUGUGACAGCCGAUGAUUAUGGAUAUUCUCCGUAUCGUGAUGAUAUUAUCUUGGAUUGUUUUCGUCGCGGUAUUCUAACGGGAACCAGUUUGAUGGUGAAUGGAAAGUCUGCUGAGUCUGCAGUACAGAAAGGGAAACAAGCGGGAAUCUGCAUUGGAUUGCACUUAAAUCUUUCGGAAGGGAUUCCUAUUUCAGAGCCGUCCCAGAUACCGUCGUUACUUCGCGAAGAGAAUGGUGUGGUCCAGUUUCUCGGGAAGGAAGGAUUUAUUCAGUCUGUGACGGAGGGACGCAUUGUUCCUAGUGAGGUGGAAACGGAACUACGCAAUCAGGUGUGA